GUAAAACUUCGACCCUUUCCUCCCCCCCCAAAAGACCACCAGCCCCAGCAAAUCACCGCAAGCUGGGUCGUUUUUCACAAAAGUCUACUACGUCUCCGAUACCCUCUGACGUAUCGUCUAAAAAAGACCUCUUCCAUCUCCGGUGUCAAGAGAUAUCCCUUUCCUUAGGCGACGUCUCCCUACCCCACGACACUGCGAAAUAUCCCUCGGACAUUUCCAAUCCUCUCCGCACCAACACUCCCACCAAACCCGCAUCUUCAACCAACAGCCGCACCGUUCGGCUCUUACUACAAACUCCCCGCAUCGCGCAUCGAACAUAGUCGACGCGCGAAGCCGUCUCAACACCGCAAUCAUGGCGCCCAAGAAGAAGGAGCAGGUCAAGAUGGCCCUUGGCGACUUCCUGCAGGACUCCAGCUACGGCGGAUCAUGGGCUGAUGAGGUCGAGGAUACGUACACCGGCACUCAGGCUCUCCCCGCUCCCGAGCGCGCUGGCUACCGUCCCAGCCAAGGUGGCUGGGGUAGCGGCGGCGGUGACCGUGGUGACCGUCCCGAGCGCAGAGACUACGGUGGUUACUCUUCCAUCCGCGAGAACCUUCCCCAGCAGCUCCCCGAGAGACCCCCCUACACCGCCCACCUUGGCAACCUGUCCUACGAUGCCACCGAGGAGACCGUCAACGAGUUCUUCGAGGGCUGUGACAUCAUCAGCGUCCGUAUUAUCGAGGACCGCGAGCAGCAGCGCCCCAAGGGCUUCGCCUACGCCGAGUUCAAGGAUCUCGAGGGACUGAAGCAGGCUUUGACUCUGGAUGGCCAGACUUUCCAGGGACGUGCUAUCAGAAUCAAGGUUGCCGAUCCUCCCCGUGGCGGUAACCGUGACGGCGAAUCCAACCGCGACUUCAGCGACUGGUCCCGCAAGGGUCCCCUGCCCGACUUGCCUGGACGUGGUGGAAACGAUCGUCGCCCCUCCGACUUUGGCGAGCGCCGUGGCCCCCGUGAGCCUCGCGAGCCCCGUGAGGACGACGGAAAGGUCCGCGACUUUGGCAACUGGGAGCGCAGAGGCCCCCUUUCCCCCGUUGCUCCCAAGGAGGGCUCUGGCUCCCGCGAUGGCAGCCGUCCCCGUACCAACGAUGGACCCCGCGAGUUCCGCGACCGCCGCCAGUCCCCCGCCGCCUGGGGUGAGGGUCAGGGACCCCGCCAGGACUCUCGUCCUCCCCGCCCGGAGAGAGUCCCCACUGCCGCCGAGACCGACAGCCAGUGGAGAACCAAGAUGCGCCCCGAUGCUGCCCAGUCCCGCGACGGCAGCGAGGCGCCUUCGUCCCCUUCAGCCGCCCCCGCCGCUCCCGUCGGCCGUCCCAAGUUGAACUUGGCGAAGCGCACUGUUUCCGAGGCUCCCGACGUCACGUCUCCCUCCGGAACUGACUCCAAGGCCAGCCCCUUCGGUGCUGCCCGUCCCAUCGACACUGCCGCGAAGGAGCGCCUGAUUGAGGAGAAGAAGCAGCAACAGGCCAAGGAGAAGCGCGAGGCCGAGGAGAAGGCCAAGGAGGAGCGUCGCCUUGCCAAGGAGGCCGCUGCUAAGGAAGCCGAGGAGAAGGCCGAGCAAGAGGCCGCUGCCAAGGAGAAGGCUGAGAAGGAGGCCGCUGAGGCUCCCAAGGAGGAGGUCGCCCAGGACACUGCUGCUGACAAGGAGAACGGCACAUCUGAGGAGCAGAAGAUUCCCGUCAGAGCCAAGGAGACAAGAGAGCCCAAGGAGGCCCCCAAGUCUCGCGCUGCUGAGGCCAACAGCUGGAGAUCAUCUGGCGCCUCUCGUGGUGCCCCUACCGGACCCAGAGGUGGACGUGGUGGACCCCGUGGUGGUGGCCGAUUCGAGGGAGGCCGCCCUCCUCGUUCCAACGGCCCUGCCGAGAAGCAGGCUCCGGCUGCCGCUGGCAGUGAGUCUGGCGAUGCUGCCCCCGUGGAGGACGAUGGUUGGACCACGGUCCCCAACAAGGGCCGUCGCAAUGUUGGACCCCGUGGCACUGCCUAGGAGGUGGGCGUGCACAGUCCGUUCAUCCUUCAGCGUCCGGUUGGACCCAGUGCGGUCAAGGCCGCAGUUGAGUCGGCAAUUAUCGCCGAGAAGAUGCUCCCACGUGUCUGCUUGCGGGGCCUAGACGAUAUAUCUCGUCAUCACAUAUACCCAGACGACUCCGAAUACGAUUCUGACGAACGACUUUACGCCACGAACCGCUUACUUGGGGCUUGAAGGGCAUGGAUUCUCUAUUUCGAUACUUUGCUUUUCGACACGACAUUAACUGGCUCACUAUGGAUCUGCUGAAGGAAUCAAAAACUUUCCUUUUUUACUCAGCACCCUCUGCGGUCUUUGGCUCAGGUGGCUUGCCAUCAUCCCAGGGCAAGAUAGGUCUCCUCGGCUCAACGACUAGAGAAGGCGCGCACUUUCGCACGCAUUCAUCGGAGUUUGCGAAGUGGUUACUAAAAAAAGGGCUCAUGGAAGUUGGAAGAAAAAGGGGGCUCAUGACCAUGCUGUUUUUUAUUAUUCUCGCUCACUUUUCCUUUGUUUCCUCUCUCCUCUACUGUGUCCCUGGGACCCUUCAUUGCCCAAGGGGUCCUUGGGGAUCCAGCGAAGUAACAGUCCUACCUACCAUACCGGUCCGCCAGGAUUCAACUCAGCUCUUAGUCACAACAAGGAGCUUCAAAGGAAUCCAAACACAAAAAUUCUCAACCAAAGUUCUACUUACUCUUUUCCCUCCUCUUUCUCCCCUCCUUGUUUUGCGUGCAACGAUAGAUGAUUCAUUCGCCCUGAGUUAUGAAAUUCCUCCUCCAGACGGAUGGCUUGUUCAUGUUUCUUUAUGAUUAUUCACGCUCGUAAACCCACGUUCUGUUCUUCCUUUCUCCCGCUCCUCUCCGCAUCUUGCUACCACAUUGCCCUUCGAUACCAAAAAUGAUGGCGAGCUGGGCUCUUUUGGGUUCUUUUCUUCUUUUUGCUACCAAGGGGUGGUGUGUGAUGGUUUAAAAUGGAACGUAUGAUGGGUCUGACGAUUGAAAUGGCUUUGAGUGUGUGUGAAGAAGAAAUUAAAUUCUUCCCUUCUCAACUUAGUGAGGUACUAGGAUGGAGCAAAAUAGAUGCUAGGCUAAGAGAAUCGAAAUGCAG